ACGACUCCACAUCGAUCGAUGCGAGCGGCCGCUUUGCUCCCAUCUCUCGGCUUCCUCCCUAUUUCCGCUGCCCACCUCCUUCCUCUAGGGUCGACAGCCUCUUCCCCCUCUCAGGCCACAAUCUCUCUCUCUCCAGGCUUUUGACGGUGUGGAGGAGGAGCCCAGGGCUCUCCUCUCCUUCGCAAGGCGACUGGCGGCGUGAUGGAGGGCCUCGGCACCAUCUCUUCGGUUUGUUUCCCGUUAGUUCUAGGUGGGCAUGAGGUAGGCGUGGUCGCCGGUGGAGAGAUGGUCGUGCCUCGCCGCGGUGGUUCCCGUCUCAUCUUGGAGUACGCGUGCCUCGGCCCCAUCGAGGAGGUCCUGGUCACCGUCCGGAGUUCUCCACGUCGCGCCGCCAGCGAGCUUCCAGUCAUGGAGGCUGACCUAGGGAGUUGUCCCGUGCGUCCGCGUCAGAUCGCCCACGGCAGCACUUCCGUGUGCCACUACACGGCUUCCCGCGCUGUCCCAUAGAUGGCGGCAGGGGCGGACCAGGUAUGGAGGUCCACCCUCAUCUUCUCUAUCAGUACGGCUCAUGUAGGCUACGUCUUUCACAUGUCUCCAUCUCCCCUUAUGCAGAUAAGCAAAAAAAGAACAAGCAAUAACGAGGUAUGAAUAGGGAGCAGCAAUGGCGGUUAAAAAAGGAUUGAUUUUGUUUCCUACUGAUACACACCCAUUGUCAUGCAUAUAGUAGAGUUCUUCCUUCAACUGAAAGUAGCUUCUCUGCCAAGUUUUCUAUUUGUUGUUUAUCUUUUUUACCUUCUCAUCUUGCAUUUAAAUUGAGCCAAUUCAUGGAUUUGAUUGAAUAUUUGUUUUGUCUGCCGUUAGAACAUGUUUAGGGUUAGUUCACAUGUACUUCUCAGGUUUUCCUAUAUUUUUACAACCUUUCAUGCCAAUAUUUAUGCUUGGAUUUCGCAUUACAACAGAUGUAACUACAUACAGGUCAAAAAUUGGCAGCCUUCCUUCCACGAAUGAAGGAGGUCUUCAUGGGCAAAGUUCAGAAAAACUCGCACCCAUUUGCUGUGUUUUUACCUAGAUUCUUUUGCGGUAAGUAUUAUAAAUUACGCACCACACUAUUUUCUAUUUGUAUGCGCAAAUCUGUAGUAAAGGAGCUAAGUUCAGAAGUCUACUAUGCUCAAAAAAAAAAGUUCAGAAGUCUACAGAUGCCAAUAAUCAGGGAGGUAAUUUCAGGUGUCCGUAGAUGCCAGCAAUCCUUUAUUUCAUCUGUCCUUUUAUAACUUCUAACAGUCAUAGCCAGUUCAUUCAAUAAAGAGUCAUGGUUUCUUUGUAUUUAGUCUUUCGUUUUUCUUUCUCAAUUUUCGCUUAUUCUUAUAUGUAGGGAGAACAAAACUUUGCAUGAUAAUUAAACAAAAAGUAAUAUUGAGAAACUGAGAACAGUGCAAUUAUUUCAUUCACCUCAACAAAACGAGUUCAGAGCUGAUCGAUAUAAUUGUCUGAUGUAUGUGAAGGAAGUUCGGUUUUAGUAAUUCAAGAAAGAGGAACAUACCAGUUGUAGUACACCAGGUCAAUCCACCUCCCAUUGUUCUCUGUCCUCCGUGACCCCUUGAUGCCGACCAGUUCGAUUCUGGCUCUCCAUCUGUUGCGGCCGCUUGCCACCGAGCAUCCCCUUUUCAUCCAGGGCCUCACCGAUAGAACCAGUGCUCCUGAAAAGCUAGAUGUUGAUUACCAGCCAGUUCCAUCGCCAUGCAUGCCAGCAAAAUGGAGCUUCAGUUCAUUCAGGCAAACACAGGGGAAAACACAGAACCGACCAAACACACCAUGCAUAUUUCAUUCACCUCAACAAAACGAGUUCAGAGCUGAUCGAUAUAAUUGUCUGAUGUAUGUGAAGGAAGUUCGGUUUUAGUAAUUCAAGAAAGAGGAACAUACCAGUUGUAGUACACCAGGUCAAUCCACCUCCCAUUGUUCUCUGUCCUCCUCCGUGACCCCUUGAUGCCGACCAGUUCGAUUCUGGCUCUCCAUCUGUUGCGGCCGCUUGCCACCGAGCAUCCCCUUUUCAUCCAGGGCCUCAGCGAUAGAACCAGUGCUCCUGAAAAGCUAGAUGUUGAUUACCAGCCAGUUCCAUCGCCAUGCAUGCCAGCAAAAUGGAGCUUCAGUUCAUUCAGGCAAACACAGGGGAAAACACAGAACCGACCAAACACACCAUGCAGACUUCAUUGGUUUAUAGAUGUAAACCCAAAGACCUAUCAAUGGAAAAUCCUCGCACGCAUUGGCCACAUUUGGGAAAAUAGAGACCAACAAACACGGCGGAAUAUGUACAAGCUAGGGCUCAUUGUUGUGGACUCUGAGAUGAUAUUCUGCAGUUUUCAGCAGUCAAAUUAUUUUUCUCCUUAUUCUCUUCACAAAGUGAAGAUAGGUUGUGUCUACUUCACUGCUAGGGAUAAGGUUCUAAAAGUUGUGUUCAUGGAUCCAGAGCUUCUAAUAUGUGACUUUUCAGUUCUCAGUUGUGAAGAUGGAUGGGGCUGGCCAACAUGAACCACCAAGGGCGUCCACGCAGGUGCCAUGGUAGAGGCCAUACUGCGGGGUUUUUGGUCCAAUGGCUCGGUCCGCAUGAUAGGUCAGAAUUCAGAAAGAGGUACUUCCGAGUUCUGAUGAGGGACGGCAUGGAUUCCUAGAGGUAUGCAUCAUAUUUGUUCAAUUUACUGUUCUUCCUUCAAUUUGUGCACUUAAAUUUAAGAAGCAGAUACUUAUCCAGGCAGCAACACAUACCUUACAUCUAAGAAACUAUCACUGACCUAUAUUUCUAUGCAAAUCUGAAUAGAACGUGUUCUUUCCCUUUAUCUAAAAUAAUCUCGCAAUUGUGUUGAAAGGAAAAUGGUGUUAGUGCAUUAGUGUGGUAAGAUCUUAUGUGCUUUUCAGUCAUUACACAAGCUAUCAUGAAGCUUCGAUUUUUAUGGUUGGAUUUUAUGUACUUUUCAGUGACAAUGAAAAAAUAUUGGUGUUGACUGUAACUGCGUUGGAAUAAAACUCAACCGCAUGACGAUGCUUAUAACUGCCCUAUGAUUUAAUAUAUAUUGGACGAGCUAAGGUAGUCUUAUUUUAUAAUUUGUUCUUUUUUCAUGAUGUUACUUAGUUGGUUUCUGUAUUUAUGAAAGGUGCACAAUGAUUGGCCUGCUAACUGUCGCUGUUUGUUCUGUCUGUAUAAAUACGUGGACUUAUUUCAUGUUCAACGCUUCAGCUUCAGGAUGCCGGUUUGGCCCAGUAGGAGUGUCAACUACUGAAUUUAUUUGUCAGCAUAAACAUGCUAUAGCUGUGUUAUAUAUAUUUUCUAUUAGUAACCAUUUCCAUGCUAUGCUAUAGUUAGCCCUUUCUUUUCUAUACUUCGUGUUGUUGUUAGAGUUGUGCUGAAGACUAUUCUCGGUAACUUCUGUCUUUAUACUGCUUCUAACCGUUUUGAUCAGCUUACUCUGCAAUGACCAUGGUCUCUAUGAAAUCAGCUCUUCCUUUGCUUUUCUAAUUUUGAUUUAUUCGCCAGGCUGCCAAACAUAAGCUUAGGUCUAUGAUUAUAAGAUGCAACAAAUCUUACCUUUGGGAGUGAAGGUUCAGCCUUUUCAGUUACCUUCCUUAGGGGUCGUAUACUUGGUGUCGCGCAGCCUUUGGCAACACGGCCCUUCGAGUCCCCUGAUGGUCCUGAUUCUCUUUCUUUUUUCUUGCAUGAGUUAACGACCACUGCUAUCAAAAUUACAAAUGUUCAGAUAGAAAGCUAGGUAGAAAAGAAUAUUAUCUCGAUUAGACAUGCAUAUAUAUGUUAUAUUUCUCGCCACAGUGGAACUUCCAUGUUUUGAUUACAAAUCCAAACAGAAACUCAUGAGUACUUGACCAAAAAUACAUUCCACACAAAAGUUAAGAAAAGAAAUAUUGUGUUAGCAAAUCUGAUGCUACAGAUUUCUAUGCCAUGGUAUUGAUCAAUUGCAAUAAGUGUUCAUUCUUUCUUGCUACAAAAAAAAGCUAUGCUUAAAAAAAGUUAGUUAGCAUACAUGAUGGUUACAUUUUUAGACCAAUUUCCUAAUCAAUAUGGAGGCAAUAAAUCUUCUUGCCACUUCCCCUCAAACAAAGUAAACUUUACUGGGAAUCAGAAUGACGCAAAGAAAUAACUAACACAACUCUACUUUCAAGAUUUAAUCAGGAAGUUGCAGAGAUGCCCACGGAAAAAUACUACAGGUGGUGGGCAGGCUGCCGAUGACUGCAUGCAAGGAGGGGUCGUGCAGGGCAAGUUGCCCUAUCCAAUCGACGACGUUGUCGGCUUUGUAGUUGUCCUCGAGCAUUGGUGACCUCAUGCUGCAACCCUGUGGCCAGGCUCGAGGCUGCCGGGUGGGACGGCGAGACCAGUAGCAGAAGGCGACAACAGCGCACGAGGACAUGAUCUCGCGGACAAGCAUGGACAUGAUCCCGAACAAGGUGGUAGCAAACAUCAGAGGAUGGCCGCUGCUUUGCAAAGAUGCUCACACUUUUCACCGUUGGACAGGAGCAUGCUACUGCUGGAAAAAAAACAAGGGGUUGGUAGUUGCAGAUUGCCUAGAUAUGAACUAUGCAAGCUUUGGAUAUGUUGUAGUGUCUCCCUCCUCUAGAUUAGCUUUUGAGUUGUUCUCUUAGAAACAGUAAUCGGAUGAUGUAGAAGAACUUUUUUUGGUUGUAUGUCCAUGGAAUCAGGGGCAGCCCCUUUUCUCUAAAUAAACUAUCAAUUAUGUUUA